AUGGAAGACCCCGCAUUAUUCGCGGGUCCCGAAGGUCUCUCCCGAAUCCUGACAACGCUGCGUUUCGGCAUGAAUCCCGAACAGGCCCUCCUCUACUCCAUGCUGCUCAACAGUGUAGGCAUGGGUCUGGCCAAUGGCGCCUCCCUGGAUCGGGAUCCGACGCGCGGUGGUUUUCCCAUGAUACCGCGGGCGAUGUCUACCGAGAAUCACCUGGCGCAUGAGGCCAUCUCCACGAAUAACACCUCGCCGGACAAUAUGCCCGUAUCAACCAGUCCUAUCUGUGACAGUCAUGUAGCCUCGUCACCACCUACCAAAGAGGAGGCCUGGAACUCCUCCGGCCCACGUGAUGCAAACCUCUCCUCCUCCUCUCUCCUCAGCGUCACCGAGGAGUGUUCAACCAAUCAACGCCAAUUCUAUCGCACGCAUUCCGUGCGGCCGCGCUUCACCUACGCUUCCCUCAUCCGUCAGGCCAUCUGCGAGUCGCCCAAUAAGAGUCUCUCGUUGGGUGAAAUCUAUGCUUGGCUACAAAAGGAAUUCCUCUACUUUAAGCAGAACGAGGCCACCUGGAAGAACGCUAUUAGGCACAACCUCUCCCUCCACAAAUGCUUCCGACGCGUCGAAAGCGCCGGCGGGUCUGUGUGGAUUUUCGACGAGAAGGAAUGUCAAAUGCGAAAAACCAAAGGAACUCUGUAA